AUGAUUUAUUUGUCUAUAAUUCGCUCUUUCCUUACGUCUUUUCUUUUAUCCUUCGGCACAGCCCACCCUUUACUUAGCAUUUCUUAUAUGUGUUUUUUAAAGAUUUUUGUUCCAAAAGAUAUUUUGGGGAAUUUGUUCCAGCUUUUGUUUAUUUUAUCAAAAUUCUUGCAAUUGUUAUUCAAAGUUAUUCAUUCUUUUCGUAUAUUUUUUUCUUUUUCUAUUUUUCUUACUUUUUCGUUUUUUUUUUCUUUUCAUCCUGUAAUCUUCCUUUUAUCUUUCUUCCUCGUUUUCUUCUUUUUCCACUUUAUUUACUUCUUUUCUCCUUCUCUUAAUUUUACUCUGUUUUCUUUACUUUUUCUUAAUUUUCUUUCGACCUUUCUUUUUUCUUCAUUUCUCUCGUUCAUUUCCGUUUUUUACUUAUUAUUUUAUAUGAUUUUUUUCUGUGACUCUAAUUUCAUCUUUGAUUUUCUUUCUUUCUUUCUUUCUUUCUUUCUUUCUACCUUCUUUUCCAAAUUUUAUUGUUCACUUCAUUGCUGUCUUUCUUUCUUUUUUUGUCCUGUUGUCAUUCACGUUAAUUCAUUUCUUUGUUAUUUAAUAUUCGUAAUUAAUUCUUCAUGCUUUUCAUUCAUUUUCUUCAUUUUUUCUUUCUUUUUGUUUUUCGUUCUUUUUUUCUUUCAUUCUAUAUAUAUGCCAUCCAUCCAAAAUUUUAUUACAUUCAUUAUAUCCUUGUUCAUUUUCUCUUUUCCUUCCUUCCUUUAUUCGUUUCUUCCUUCCUUCCUUCUUUUUCUCUCUUUCCCCUCCUUCCUUCCAUCUUUCCAUAUUUCUUGA